AUGGCGCCCAAACAAAGAGUUCCCGAGAAAACCUCCACCGCCUCGCCGAGCACGUCGAAAUCGGGCAAGAGCGGCUCGCUGGACGCGCAAGAAAUCGUGCAGGGUGUAUGGAACAAAUAUGUCGAGAAGACUCCGCAGCGAACCAAGCUUCUGGACAGCUUCAUGGUGUUCUUGGUCGUAGUCGGCGUGCUGCAAUUCGUAUACUGUCUGAUCGUGGGCAACUUUCCCUUCAACGCCUUCCUCUCCGGCUUCAGCGCAACCGUAGGCCAAUUCGUCCUCACUGCCUCCCUCCGCAUGCAGACCAACCCCGAGAACAAAGCCGAGUUUGAGAAGAUCUCUCACGAACGCGCAUUUGCUGAUUUCGUGUUCGGCUCGUUAAUCCUGCACUUCUUCUGUAUCAACUUCAUAAACUGA